CGAACGGAACCAAGCCAUUGCGUCACUUGUCCGUGAUCUGUUACUCAGAGGUUUGAACUUCGUCUUCGACGUUCUACUUCCAUAUACAUUUCUAUCAUAGUCUUCAAAGACCUGGUUAACCUCUUGGACUCCCUUCAUAUUUUCUCAUUGGACCGUUUGCCAUACUAUAUCUAUACCAACUAUUACGAAUCUUCACGCUUUCACGCUACUGACAACAAUAAUUCUGGUUGAAUCCCAUUGCUACUCUAUCGACAUCGACUGUAUAUCCAUGCCAAUAACUUACCGCCAGCGUUUGAACACAAGUACCAACUCUCACGCGUCUCUGCACCCUUCGUCUACGCCUUCUAUCCAGGAUACUGAUUCUUCCAUCGUUCUCUCGGAUCUACUACGCUCAGGAGAAUCAUCUCGACUGCGUCGGAGGGGUGCGGUCAGGCUUGACAAUGUGCAUAGAUAUGAAGAUCCCCGGGCCUUGAAUAACACAAGCAAUUUACUAGAUGAGGAGGAUAACUACCUACAAUUAUACUGUAGGGAAUGUGAUACCCCUGCUUAUCAACCAGUGGCUGAACCUUCUUCACAAACUCCAUUCCGACCAUCCAUAUUCCCUCUUUCUUCUCUUCCGCAUCCUUCCCCUCAAUGCACAGAGUUCAAAGGCAAAACCCGUGCCUCCGGUCCACAGAGCUUAGGGAGAACUUUGGUACACGAUCGUGUAAUGGCGCAACGACUUCCGCACAUAGACGCUUCCCUCCAUGUACAUCCUCCCUCCAGCUUUACAUACUCGCCAACUGCGGCUCAAGUUAUUGCCUUUCUCACGCGCGCGCAGCAUAGCAGUAGCGCUAAUCAUCUUAAUGAAGAAGAGCUAGAUGUUAGCGGCGAAGACGCUGAAAAUGGUGUAAUGGUGUGGACAUCUGUCUCAGAACCUGUCGAGGGUGUCGUGGUACCUAUACAUUACGAAGAUGAUCCGGGCGAAGCAACGGAGACGGGGCUCGGACAUGAUACACGAUUCAUGAGUAUCGAUGAGCUUGCGAGACGGCGUCCUGGCCCGAUUUCGACUGCCUGUAUGUGCAAGAGGGAGGUUGUCGGUUGUGCUGUUUGUGGAUCACCUCUUGGAAUGCGAUAUACUCCCUGCACAAGCGCCUUGAGGAAAAUAUUUCCUCCUCCCACUCAUGUACCAUUAUCACCUAUUCCGCCCCGGACAUUUGUCAGACCUACUUCUACUUCCACUGCGCGUGCGCCUCCCGUAGACCCAGAUGCAAUACGUUACAGAAGUAGGGUCGCUGAUUAUCUUCUUGCCAUGACCACGCCUAGGGCUACACGUUCAACGCCAAGUGCUGCACCAAGUCCUCCCGAUACCAUUCGUCUGACGCCUGAGCUACAUAACGAGAUUGAGCAAGGCCGGCGGUUCGGAGUCUCAAUGUUGCCUAGCAGAGUUCCAUCUUGGGAUCAUCGUAAUUCCUCAGCCAUGUCUCGAGAUCAGGAUAGCUCAUCGAGCACACGAAUACGGGAAAACAAUCAUGACGAUGAAAAUAUGCCGGGAGAACCCCAGACGCUGCAGACCAUGGCUCAUGAAUUAGCUGAUUCUGAAACUGAUACUGAUAACGAUUCAGACGACAGCCAGAAUGAUGAUCAUUACCGUCUUCCAAUGAUUACACAGACGGGACCCGAAUCCGCUCACCUUUCUGGGCACUGGACUAACGAAGCGUCGACAAGAUAUAUUUAUCGGUUCUUUGCGGAGGCGGUGAUACCUGAGCAAUGUUCGAAAGCUUCUACAGAGUCUUCAGGAGAAGCAGGGUGCACCUCUUUGAUCGACUGGCGCAAGUUCUACGCAAGUUUAUAUGGACUGGGUCGUCAGCACGAUCACGAGGGUCAUGCGAGUACUGGAGACGCGGAAAACAGGUCGCCCUGUGGAUGAAAUGACGAAUGGAUGGAGAUGUUUGCGCUUAAAUUCAGAGUGGGUCUUGGCCCCGACUCUUUUUCUCUUUUGCUAGUUGAAUGGAUUCUCUAACUGACGAUACAGACAUCUAUGAUUUUGCAUCUACACUCUAUAUACUUUUACGCCCAUUAUUCCUUCCACGAAUCGGAGCCUUGUUAUACCCUAGUGUUGUUCUAGUGUGCUUGACGCGCAAUCUCUGUACUCUCUAAUCAAAUAUUUUGGUUGCGUUUGAAUGACUGUCAGCUGCUCGAGACGAAGGCCCGUUACACUAUAGCUCAGAGG